AUGGCGGACCAGACGAUGACCGUCACACCGCAUAGCACGCAGCAAAAGACGUAUCUCGGCCAGACAAAGGCAACAUGGUAUAUCUACUGGAUCUGUGCUGUGGCCUCCAUUGCGAACGUAUUCCAAGGUUUUGAUUCCGGAAUUUACUCCAUCAUCAUAUCAGACAUUCGAUUCAUCGACUAUUUUGAUGUUAGCGGCGCUCGAGCGGGUGUUGUGGCCAGCAUGGUCAAUCUCGGAAAUGUACUCGGAAACUUAUUUGUCGCUUGGUGGUUCAUCUGGUACCUUGGCCGGCGCUACGCCUUCGUCCUCGGGACCAUCAUCCUCCUCGUCGGCGUUGCCCUGCAAGCCGGUGCGGUAGUCUUCUCCAUGAUCAUCGUUGGGCGUAUCAUUGCUGGAGUCGCCGAGGUCUCAUCUCCCUUAAUCCGCGGUCGUGUCGUCUCCUUCGUCCAACUUUCUUACCAAGUCGGCGUUCUCAUCUCAUACUGCGUUGGUCUCGGCACGGUGAAGAUCCCCGGAAACAACUCCUGGCGCACUGCUACGGCACUGCAAGUCAUCCCCGGUGCGGUUCUCAUCGUCGCUGCCUUCGGCCUUCCCGAAUCCCCACGUUGGCUCCUGGAGAGAUAUCCCCACCGGACUGACCGCGUGCUGAAGACGUUGGCGAAGCUUCGGAAACUGCCCGAGGAUGACGAGACCGUGGUUGAGGAGUUUAACGAGCUUGUGGCCGCACAUCAAUAUAACUUGGAGAAUGAGGGCAACUACACUUGGAGAGAGUUCUUGGGAAAGUAUGUGAUGUGGAAGCGGAUUGGGUUUGGUAUGGCGACUAUGGCGUUGGGCCAGCUUUCCGGUGUGGGUGCUUUGAUGUUGUAUGGAGUGUUGAUCUUUGAGGGAUUGGGAUUUUCAUCUGGGACCAUGUCUCUGUUGUUGAACGUCGUCUCUGGUGUGCUUUGCUUGGCUGCGACUUGUGUUAUUACUGGAGGAGUUGACAAGUGGGGUCGAAAGAUCACUUUGAUCGUCGGAUCCGCCAUUAUGGUCGUCAGCUACAUUAUCAUAGGUGCCCUCGCAGACGUCUACCCUACGGCAACCAACUUCAACAACGGCGCAGCAAUCGUGCAGGUUAUCUUCAUCUACGUGAUUGAAAUGGCCUACUCUGGUGCUCUAGGCCCCUGUGCCUGGAUCUACGCUAGCGAGAUCUUCCCCACGAACGUGCGAGACAAGGGCAUCAACAUCUCGCAGGCUGGACAGCAGAUCACGACUCUUUGGAUCAACCAGGCUUGGCCCGUCAUGUUCGACAAUGUCGGCCAUAGAGCCUACUACAUCCUGGUAGGCAUCAACUUGCUUGGCUUGAUAGUUGUUGUCCUCUUUUGGCCUGAGACUAAGGGCAUCAGUCUUGAGAAAAUGGAUGUGUUGUUUGAGGGAGUCGACAAGGUUAAUGCGUAUCAGAGCCAACAUGCAGAUGAGAAGGUUAUCGAAGCUACGCUGGAGACUACGCACCAUAAAUAG